AUGAAUGCUGAACUUAUUGGCCACAGUGCAUCCAGUAGAAGGAGUGCCCUGCCAUAUAGUGCUGGUCUGGCAAGGCAAAGGUUUCUUCCCAAAACCUCAUACCUCAACUUCUGCCAGGAACCCCAAAUAAUGUUCUGGGGUCUGUGGAGAUUUAUCAUUAUCAGUGGCUGUUCAUUCGAUGAGCCAUUCACUUCAUGUGGCUAUAGUCAGUCUGAUGAAGAUGAUCUUAAUUGGGAUCAAGUGAACACGUUGGUGAAGCCUUCACCAGAUCCAUGGAUGCCAACAGGAUCUUUUAUGCUGGUGAAUACCUCUGGAAGGUUUGGACAAAGAGCUCAUCUUCUCCUACCAAAACUUAAAGAAAAUGACACUCAUUGCAUCGAUUUCAAUUUUUACGUUUCCAGCAAGACUGGGUCCAGUCCUGGUGUAUUAAAUGUUUAUGUGAAAGUUAAUAAUGGUCCCCUUGGCAGCCCAGUAUGGAAUACAUCUGGAGCUCCUACAGGAACCUGGAUCAAGGUGGAACUGGCAAUUAGCACCUUCUGGCCAAACUUCUAUCAGGUAGUUUUCGAAGUGGUCACUUCAGGUCACCAAGGAUACCUGGCUGUUGAUGAUGUGAAGGUGUUAGGACAUCCAUGCACCAGCACACCUCAUUUCCUGCGUAUUAAGAGUGUAGAAGUCAAUGCUGGGCAGUUUGCUACUUUCCAAUGCACUGCCAAUGGCAGGACAGCUCAAGGCAAUAGACUGUGGUUGCAGGGCUUGCUUGGACGGGAUGCACCUCUGAAGGACAUAAAGAUUUUUAAUGAUCGGCGAUUUGUAGCUAUUUUUAAUGUGGUGAAUGCUACCAAACGGGAUGCUGGCAGUUACCGGUGCAUGAUUCAUACAGAAGGUGGAGUUGGAAUAUCUAAUUAUGCGGAACUGAUAGUUAAAGAGCCACCUGUCCCUAUUGCGCCACCUCAGCUGUCCUCUGUUGGUGCAACCUACUUAUGGAUACAGUUGAAUGCAAAUUCUAUCAAUGGAGAUGGACCCAUUAUAGAAAGAGAAGUAGAAUAUCGCACUUCAAGUGGAAGCUGGUAUGACAUACAACCUGUUGACUCCACAAGCUAUAAAAUUGGACAUCUGGAUCCUGACACCGAAUAUGAAAUUAGUGUGCUGCUCACUAGACCAGGUGAAGGAGGCACUGGAUCUCCUGGUCCAGCUCUUAAAACAAGAACAAAAUGUGCUGAUCCUGUGCGAGGUCCAAGAAAACUGGAGGUUGUAGAUAUUAAAUCCAGGCAAAUCACUAUUACCUGGGAACCAUUUGGCUACAAUGUGACUCGUUGCCAUAGGUACAACCUCACGGUCCAUUACCGCUACCAAACUGGUGGACAAGAACAAGUCAGAGAAGAAGUGAGCUGGGAUACUGACAAUUCACAUCCUCAGCAUACCAUUAUUAAUCUAUCCCCGUAUACUAAUGUCAGUGUAAAACUUGUUCUUAUGAAUCCUGAAGGACGGAAAGAAAGCCAAGAAAUUGUAGUACAGACAGAUGAAGAUGUUCCAAGUGCCGUACCACUUGAGUCUAUUCAAGGAAGUACUUUUGAGGAGAAGAUUUUCCUUCAGUGGAGAGAGCCAGUACAAACAUAUGGUGUAAUAACAUUAUAUGAGAUCAUCUACAAGGCUGUCAGUUCCUUUGACCCAGAAAUAGAUUUAUCCAACCAAAGUGGACGUGUUUUAAAGCAUGGGAAUGAAACACACUAUUUAUUUUUUGGUCUGUAUCCUGGGACUACUUAUUCCUUCACCAUAAGAGCCAGUACAGCCAAAGGUUAUGGACCUCCCAUCACAAGCCAAUUCACUACAAAGAUAUCAGCACCCUCUAUGCCACCCUAUGAACUGGAAACACCUUUAAAUCAAACUGACAGUACUGUGACAGUUAUGUUGAAGCCUGCACAGAGCAGAGGCGCUCCAGUCAGUGUCUACCAAAUAGUUGUUGAAGAAGAGCGUCCCCAUGGAACAAAAAAAACAACUGAAAUCCUGAAAUGCUAUCCAGUCCCAAUUCACUUCCAGAAUGCUUCACUCUUGAACUCUCAGUAUUAUUUCGCAGCAGAGUUUCCAGCCAACAGUAUUCAAAUUGCUCAGCCUUUUACAAUUGGUGACAACAAGACGUACAGCGGCUUUUGGAAUGCACCUCUUCUCCCCCAUAAAAGCUACAGUAUUUACUUUCAAGCUGCUAGCAGAGCCAAUGGGGAAACAAAAAUUGACUGCGUCAGAGUGGCCACAAAAGGUGCCGCUACUAGGAAACCAGACCCAGAGCCAGAGAAGCAAACAGACCACACUGUUAAAAUUGCCGGAGUGAUUGCGGGAAUCUUGCUGUUCGUUAUUAUAUUUCUAGGGGUUGUUUUGGCUAUGAAGAAAAGAAGAAGCUAUCACUCCUACACUUAUUACCUGAAAUUGGCUAAGAAGCGGAAAGAGACAUUGAGUAGCACACGGCAGGAAAUGACAGUGAUGGUGAACUCAAUGGAUAAAAGCUACACUGAACAAGGCACCAACUGUGAUGAGGCUUUCUCUUUCAUGGACACACACAACCUAAAUGGAAGAUCUGUAUCCUCACCAUCUUCAUUUACAAUGAAAACAAACACACUGAGUACAACAGUGCCGAAUUCUUACUACCCAGUGCCAAUAAAUGAUGAAACCCAUACGAUGGGCAGUGACACAAGCAGCUUGGUCCAGUCACAUACAUAUAAGAAGCGAGAGCCUGCAGAUGUGCCAUACCAGACCGGACAGCUCCAUCCAGCUAUCCGCGUUGCUGAUUUGCUGCAGCAUAUUACACAGAUGAAAUGUGCAGAAGGCUAUGGAUUUAAGGAGGAAUACGAGAGUUUCUUUGAAGGACAGUCUGCACCAUGGGACUCAGCUAAAAAAGAUGAGAACCGAAUGAAGAAUAGAUAUGGGAAUAUCAUUGCAUAUGAUCAUUCGCGAGUUAGGCUGCAGCUCAUCGAAGGGGAUGCAAACUCUGACUACAUCAAUGGAAAUUAUGUUGACGGUUAUCACAGACCAAACCACUAUAUUGCUACACAAGGACCAAUGCAAGAGACAAUAUAUGACUUCUGGAGAAUGGUCUGGCAUGAAAAUACAGCAAGCAUAGUCAUGGUGACAAACCUUGUGGAAGUGGGAAGGGUCAAAUGCUGUAAAUACUGGCCGGAUGACACAGAGAUAUAUAAAGACAUUAAAGUUACUCUGAUAGAAACAGAGCUCCUGGCCGAAUAUGUGAUUCGAACGUUUGCGGUAGAAAAGAGAGGUGCCCAUGAGAUCAGAGAAAUCAGACAAUUUCACUUCACAGGCUGGCCAGAUCAUGGUGUGCCUUACCAUGCAACAGGACUUUUAGGAUUCGUACGGCAGGUCAAGUCCAAAAGCCCACCUAAUGCAGGCCCACUGGUUGUACACUGCAGUGCUGGUGCUGGCAGAACUGGAUGCUUCAUUGUCAUUGACAUUAUGCUAGACAUGGCAGAAAGAGAAGGUGUUGUAGAUAUAUACAACUGUGUUAGAGAGCUUCGGUCUCGAAGAGUUAAUAUGGUGCAGACUGAGGAACAGUAUGUAUUUAUACAUGAUGCAAUACUGGAAGCCUGUCUGUGUGGAGACACAUCUGUUCCAGCUUCUCAGGUUAGGUCUGUGUAUUAUGAAAUGAACAAAUUGGAUCCUCAGACAAAUUCAAGCCAAAUCAAAGAAGAAUUCAGGACUCUGAACAUGGUGACUCCGACUCUGCGUGUGGAAGACUGCAGUAUAGCACUUUUACCGCGGAAUCAUGAGAAGAACCGAUGCAUGGAUGUCCUUCCUCCAGACAGAUGCCUACCUUUCCUUAUCACAAUAGAUGGGGAAAGCAGUAACUACAUUAACGCUGCACUGAUGGAUAGCUAUAAACAGCCUUCAGCUUUCAUAGUUACCCAGCAUCCUUUACCAAAUACUGUCAAAGAUUUCUGGAGACUGGUUCUAGACUACCACUGCACAUCAAUAGUUAUGCUAAAUGAUGUGGAUCCUGCACAAUUGUGUCCACAAUACUGGCCUGAAAAUGGGGUUCACCGCCAUGGUCCUAUUCAGGUGGAGUUUGUUUCUGCUGAUUUAGAAGAAGACAUUAUUAGCCGGAUAUUCCGAAUUUAUAACGCAUCAAGACCCCAGGAUGGGUACCGAAUGGUGCAGCAAUUUCAGUUCCUAGGAUGGCCCAUGUAUAGAGACACACCUGUGUCCAAACGUUCUUUUUUGAAGCUCAUACGUCAAGUGGACAAGUGGCAGGAAGACUACAAUGGAGGAGAAGGCCGUACAGUUGUCCAUUGUUUAAAUGGAGGUGGCCGCAGUGGGACCUUUUGCGCAAUCAGUAUUGUUUGUGAAAUGCUUCGACACCAGAGGGCUGUUGAUGUAUUCCAUGCUGUGAAGACCCUGAGGAAUAAUAAGCCUAACAUGGUGGACCUUCUUGAUCAAUAUAAAUUCUGCUAUGAAGUGGCUUUGGAGUACUUGAAUUCUGGAUGAUGGUGCAAAUAACGUUGGGGGGGAAGCAAAAAAACGUUCACCACCACGAUCAAAAGUGAAUCACUUCAUGAUAUUUGUGUGUAUGAGAUGAGGACUUCUCAGUGUUAUGCUUCUAUUGCUUUGUAUUGGCUCUUUUUAAGAGCCCCGAAGAGUCUUUCCAAAACUGCUUGCACUGUCCCUUUUCCACAAUGUGGCUGUUGCUUGAGACACCUACAGUCCCACAGUAACACAAAUGCACUCCAGAGGUUGGAAACAGCUGCCCUAUAUAUCCAUCAACUCAAUAGACCAGCCUAGUCAUUCAGUAAAUUAAAGAGCACAAUUCUAUUCUAAUGAAUAAAUUUGUACUUUUCUGUUGUACUUUUUUUGUUGCCGGUGAUCCUCUGUUGUUAUUGUCAGAACCUAGUGUAUAUUUUUGUUCUGUGGAGAAUGCCAUCUAGCAUUUUGGUAAUGUAUUUUUAGUUACGUUUGUAUCCUAUCUGCUCCUAAUAAAACAAAGCAUCUGUAGCUUAAACUGAACUAAUAGCUACACUCUCCAGACCACAUUUGUUUUAUGGAGUUGUAAUUUCUGUCCGACUUGUAUUGUUUCAGAAGGGAGAGACUUGAUAGAAGUCAAUUAAGAAAAUGAGAAAAAAAAAUACAGGAUGAUCAGAUUAAUAUAUCCAAAGCCUUUUCCCAUUUGUUUAUAUUGUAAAUAUUUUUUUGAUUUCAUCAAAUUAUUUAUUCAUUAAAAAGAAAUCUUUUGUGAAGCACAGUGAGUGACAAUCAUUUUUAUUAAG